AUGAUGACUAAUAAUCAAAUUCGUCCUUCAAAUUCUCCCUGGUCAUCACCUGUAAUACAGUAUAAGAAACCAAAUGGUGGAAUACGUUUCUUAGUCGAUUAUCGAACAUUGAAUUCCGAAACGGGACCUAAUGAAUUUAUUGGAAAACUGAAUUGGUACCGCAAGUUUAUUCCACAUUUUGCAGAGAUUGCCGCUCCUGUUCAUAAAGUAACCAAUAAAACGAAGAAAACGAAACAUGAAUUUUACUGGCAUAAAGAACAACAAGAUGCUUUCGACCGAUUUAAACACCUAUUGACUACGGAACCAUUAUUUUUGCAAUACCCGGAUCCAACAGCACCCUUCAUCCUAUCAACAGAUGCAUCAAUUAUUGGCAUCAGCGGCAUAUUACGUCAAACUACUCAACAUGAUACUCGAAUAUGUUAUUAUAAAUCGCGUACAUUGUCUGACACCGAAAAACGUUAUGAUCCAAUGGGACGGGAGGAAUUAGCUAUGUAUUGGAGUAUACAGCAACUACGAGAAUAUAUUGGCGACUCUUAUUUUUCGAUAGAAACGGACAGUUAA